CAAAAAUUCUUUCAUUUUAUUCAUUCCUCUUACGUACGUAUAACGAAACAAAAAGUACAGGGUUUCAUUCGCCGGGUUUAUCAAUAUUCAAAUAACCCCUUAAAUUCAUUUCCUCACUCCGACAAAAUAUUUAAAGAGCACUCCACUCCAUCAACUUUUACUGCAAAAUAUUUUUUCCUUUUAAUUUGGAAAAAAUGUCGAACCGUAACCAAAAUAACCCUUUUGUAGAUAUUAAUUAUAUCUACAAUCCGAGAUUUCAUUUGGUAGACCUGAUAUCAACUAGACGAAGGCCAUUUGCAAGCGGAACUCGGACUAAUAUUCCGAGGCCGCCAAAUUCAUUUUUUUUAAUGAAAAACUGUCUCCUAUUGGAGCUUAAGCAUAGUGGACAUAGGAUCACUAUGCCUAAUUUAUGCAAAAUGGCGAGAGAAAUUUGGAAGGAAAUCCCUCAGGACGCGAAAAAUAUGUACGACGCGCUUGCUAUUCAAGCGCAAAUUCUACAUCAGAGGGUUUACCCCAACUACAGGUUUGAACCCAAAAAAAAUAGUAAUAAUGGUAUGAGCGCCUUUUCAUCUGUGCCGGCACCUAUAACGACAUCUUCACCUUCACUCUCCUCAACCUCUUCUUUUUCUUCUUCUUCACCAACUCCAACAACGCCACAACUCUCAGAAGAGGUUUAUUUACCUGGGAUGGAUGUCAAUGUGGUCCUUCCUAGCAAUGAUUCCUUUAAUUACCACAACAGUGGUAUUAUAAUCAAUGAUAAUUUAUAUUAUAAUAAUAUAAAUUAUAAUAACAUAAAUUACAAUCAUGGUAAUAUAAAUUAUCAUGAUUAUUACCUGUACCAUUAAAAUUUUAUUUUUGUAUAUAUAUAUAUUUUUAUAUUUUUAUUUUAUUUAUUUUUCUUUUUU